CCCCAGCACCAGCAUCUACCAAGCAUUCGAAUGAGCGUUGCCAUAUUCGCUACUGACUACCAUCGAGGAAUUCCCAGAGGAUUGCUAGUACGGUCUGACCCGCUAUGAAGAUCCAUUGCAUUCCUUGGACAGAAAGGCAACAGAAAAGCUCUGCAUCCCUACAGAUAGUGAAGAUUCGCGCGAAUUGGCAUUCUCCAUUCCCUACCGAGUCCAGAGAUACCAUAAGCUAUGCUUUUGGUUCCAGGGAGAAAGGCGAGCUCAGAAAUGGCACCACUGGAGAUCGCGUUACAGCGGGGAACAAGACGACGUUCGAUAGUGUUUACGAAUACAUGUUGGUGAAAGGGUUCGGGGUUGAGAAGAUUAUGCAUCUCUCGUCAUGUCAGCAGCCUUCGAUUGCGCUGAAUGAGAAGAGCAUCUCCUCUUCGCCUCGAUUCAGUGAACAUCGUUACUUUUUCUUCUUCGAGAACUCCGAGUCUCUUUUGCCCUCACUGACUGCCCGUCAUAUCUAGGGUUACAACGGAUACUGUAGCCUCUGUCUAGACAAACGGGUCGACGUACUGCAUCUCAAGCAAUCCACUCGGUUCGUAGUGUG